AUGCCGCCGAGUGGCAAAAUCGAGGUGGCCGAGGAGGGAAAUAAACGCAAGGGCGAGAUGACGCCCUCCGAGAUGCGCCAGUGCUCUAAGGACAUCGUGGCCUGGUUCACGCAGCACGCCGACCUCGACGCGAAGGGCGCCGACCAAAGCGUUAUUGAUGAGUUGAGCAAAAAACGCGAUCUACCAUUAGCGUUGGAGGAGCUCUGGCGGGAAGCUUGUACCGGGAUUUGGUUCGAGGGCUAUGAAUUGCUCCAUCCGCAGUCCAUCGGUAAGAUGCUAUCCGAUGUAGAUGCGCCUUAUGUGCCGUUCGCGAGGGACAUCGACGACGCGUUAUUGGUGGUAGGCGACGACGCCGUCUACGAGUACGAGAUGGGCGACGGCCGCGGCGACCGCCUCGAAUCAUCUGUCGCUGAUUGGUUAGAAGCGUACCGGAACAAGCUCCUGGAGGGGCGCUUCGAGUACAUGGACGGCGACGGCUGCGUCGAGACGAUGGCCUCGGCGCCUUCUAGGGGGAAAUAA